AUGCCAUCCACGACGCAUACCGUGGUGCGGGACGUCAACGACUCUAUCACGACAUUCACAACCCGGUUCAACCGCUUUGCGCCCUUUGGCUACCGCAAGUUCGUCGCAGUCGGAAACCGAGCAACAGCAAUUCGUCUCCAACAUGACAAGAUCCUUCUGCUCAACCCAAUCCAGCUGGAGCCCAGGAUACGGGCAAAGCUGCAACAGUUAGGCGGCGUCCACUACAUCGCCUGCGAUCUGGGUCAUCACAUGUACGUCGCCGACUAUAUCAAGACCUGGCCAGACGCAAAGACCAUCGGCGUGGUAGGCUUGCCACAGAAACGAAAGGAUGUGCAUUGGGACUUCGUAUACGCCUCCCAGACCACCACGCCUGAAGCCCACUUCUCCUUCGCCGAGGACCUUGAGACCGUCCUCUUCGAAGGCUUCAUAACCUACGCAGUGGCAUGGUACCAUCGUCCCUCCAAGACGCUGAUCGUGUCAGAUCUACUGAUGAACCUCCCCGCCAAGGAGCAGUAUGGCCCAGGAACGUCCGCAGACCAAGGACUGUUCAGUCGGGAGUUUGCGAAGCGGGCGCAUCCCAGAGGUAUCUUCUUCAGGCGUUUGCUGUACUAUGUCGCUUGCGUUGAGUUCUCACUUGUGAAACGAGACACGAAGCGCGUUGCGGAGUGGGACAUUGAGCGCAUCAUUCCGUGUCAUGGCGAGAUCAUCGAAAGCGAUGCGGAUGAGGCGUGGCGGGAAGUCUAUCAGUGGUUCUUGCAAGGUGAUGCGAAGCCUGGGCUGCUGUGGCGCUUCAAGGAGCCGUUUAUGAAGGCCAUGAGAUGGAUAUUCCUGCUCUGA